CGCCGGGGUUGGCUGCGGCAGGGACCGCGGCGGCGGCGGCCUCGAGAGCGGUAGUGGUUUCUACUCUCCUUUAUUAGUUUCCUCCGCCCCCUCCCAUCGGACGUUGUUGUGUGGUUGCCUUAAAAAAAUCAACUUUAUUGUUCCUCAGCCCCACCUCUCGUCUCAGCGCGCGUCCUCAGGAUGCAGUGAGGCUGAGGGGAGGGGAGGCAGCGGCGGGUCGCGGUCCCGGUCCCUCUCCUCCGAGUACCCUGCCGGAGGGGAGGGAGUCACGAUGUCCGGUAGCCGCCAGGCCGGGUCGGGCUCCGCUGGGACUAGCCCUGGCUCUUCCGCGGCCUCCUCGUUGACUUCCGCCUCCUCGUCCUUAUCCUCUUCCCCGUCGCCCCCUUCCGUGGCGGCGUCGGCGACGGCGCUGGUGUCCGGCGGGGCGGCCCAGGCCGCGGGCUCGGGCGGCCUCGGGGGCUCCGUGCGGCCUGUGCUGGUGGCGGCUGCUGUGUCGGGCAGCGGCGUUGGGAGCGGCGGCGGGGCGGUGUCCGCGGGCCUGUCCCGGAUCAGCUGCACUACCAGGCCCAGCGCCGGCUUAGGUGGGAGCAGCUCCAGCCUAGGUAGCGGCAGCAGGAAGCGACCUUUGCUCACCCCUCUCUGCAACGGGCUCAUCAACUCCUACGAGGACAAAAGCAACGACUUCGUGUGCCCCAUCUGCUUUGAUAUGAUUGAGGAAGCAUAUAUGACAAAAUGCGGCCACAGUUUUUGCUACAAGUGUAUUCAUCAGAGUUUGGAGGACAAUAAUAGAUGUCCCAAGUGUAACUAUGUUGUGGAUAAUAUUGAUCAUCUGUAUCCUAAUUUCUUGGUGAAUGAGCUCAUUCUCAAACAGAAGCAAAGAUUUGAGGAAAAGAGGUUCAAAUUGGACCACUCAGUGAGUAGCACCAAUGGCCACCGGUGGCAGAUACUUCAGGAAUUUUUAGUAACUGACCAGGAUAACCUUGAUUUGGCCAAUGUCAACCUCAUGUUGGAGUUACUAGUGCAGAAGAAGAAACAACUGGAAGCAGAAUCACAUGCAGCCCAACUACAGAUCCUUAUGGAAUUCCUCAAAGUUGCAAGAAGAAAUAAGAGAGAGCAACUGGAACAGAUCCAGAAGGAGCUGAGUGUUCUGGAAGAGGAUAUUAAAAGAGUGGAAGAAAUGAGCGGCUUAUAUUCUCCUGUUAGUGAGGAUAGCACAGUGCCUCAAUUUGAAGCUCCCUCUCCAUCACACAGUAGUAUUAUUGAUUCCACAGAAUACAGCCAACCUCCAGGUUUCAGUGGCAGUUCUCAGACAAAGAAACAACCUUGGUAUAACAGCACAUUAGCAUCAAGAAGAAAACGACUCACUGCUCAUUUUGAAGACUUAGAGCAAUGUUACUUUUCUACAAGGAUGUCUCGCAUCUCAGAUGACAGUCGAACUGCAAGCCAGUUGGAUGAAUUUCAGGAAUGCUUGUCCAAGUUUACUCGAUAUAAUUCAGUACGACCUUUGGCCACAUUGUCAUAUGCUAGUGACCUUUAUAAUGGUUCCAGCAUAGUCUCUAGUAUUGAAUUUGACCGUGAUUGUGACUACUUUGCCAUUGCUGGAGUUACAAAGAAGAUUAAAGUCUAUGAAUAUGACACAGUCAUCCAGGAUGCAGUGGAUAUUCAUUACCCUGAGAAUGAAAUGACCUGCAAUUCAAAAAUCAGCUGUAUCAGUUGGAGUAGUUACCAUAAGAACCUGUUAGCUAGCAGUGAUUAUGAAGGUACUGUCAUCCUAUGGGAUGGAUUCACAGGACAGAGAUCAAAGGUCUAUCAAGAGCAUGAGAAGAGGUGCUGGAGUGUUGACUUUAAUUUGAUGGAUCCUAAACUCUUGGCUUCAGGUUCUGAUGAUGCAAAAGUGAAGCUGUGGUCUACCAACCUAGACAACUCAGUGGCAAGCAUUGAGGCCAAGGCUAAUGUGUGCUGUGUCAAAUUCAGCCCCUCUUCUAGAUACCAUUUGGCUUUCGGCUGUGCAGAUCACUGUGUCCACUACUAUGAUCUUCGUAACACUAAACAGCCAAUCAUGGUAUUCAAAGGACAUCGAAAAGCAGUCUCUUAUGCUAAGUUCGUGAGUGGUGAGGAAAUUGUGUCUGCAUCAACAGACAGUCAGCUAAAGCUGUGGAAUGUGGGAAAACCAUACUGUUUGCGUUCCUUCAAGGGUCAUAUCAAUGAAAAAAACUUUGUAGGCCUAGCUUCCAAUGGAGAUUAUAUAGCUUGUGGAAGUGAGAACAACUCUUUAUACCUGUACUAUAAGGGACUUUCUAAGACAUUGCUAACAUUUAAGUUUGAUACGGUCAAAAGUGUUCUGGACAAAGAUCGAAAAGAAGAUGAUACAAAUGAGUUUGUUAGUGCUGUGUGCUGGAGGGCACUGCCAGAUGGGGAGUCCAAUGUGCUGAUUGCUGCUAACAGUCAGGGUACAAUUAAGGUGCUAGAGCUGGUAUGAAGAGAUUGGUUUAUUCAAGUUAAAUUGUACUUGGUCCUACUGAAAUACAUCUGCAGCUGGCAAUGAGAGAAGAAACAGAAACUAUCAUGUGAUAUCUCUCCCCAGAGUCAUCAUGGGUUUUGGUUUUGCUUUGAGUAUUUUUUCCUUUUCUUUUUUUCCCUCGUUUAUGACCUUUGGGGCACUGGGAAUACCCAGUGAGCUCUCUGCCAUCAGUGUAACUCCAUGGACUUUGCUGCUGUUGGUGGUGUGGUUAUCUAAUUUUUGUGAUAGGGAAAUAAAUUCUUUUGAAUAAAAAUAAAUAACAAAAAAUAAUAAAAGUUUAUUGAGCCACA